AGAAGUGAACCAAGGGCCUGGAGCGAUCUGUCCCUGUCAGCCUGAAGCCUGCAUGGUCCUCAGCGAACACGGAGCCAUGAAGGAGAGACUGGGAUCCGUGGAAGCCAAGCUACUAACAAUGGUGAGCCAGGUCGAAGAGUUGGGCCGCGUCAACCAAGCUCAGGAGCAGCAGCUGACAGCAUUGAAGGAAGUUCUGGAACGGUCCAGAGUAGCGUUCUCCGCCGCCCUCAGAACAUUCGUCCAUGGGAACACGGGCCCAUUUGAGCAGGACAGCAUCAUGAAGUACGAGAUGGUCUUCUCCAACUCGGGUAACUGCUACAACCCUGCCACAGGCUCGUUCACAGCCAUGGUGAGAGGGAUGUACUACUUGCGCUACACCAUGUACAACAACAAUAUCGGGAACUCAAACUCAAUUUUGUCUUUAAUGAAGAACAACAAGCUGUUGGUGUCUACUUGGGACACGGCUCAGCAGCACGACAGCGCUAGCAACGCAGUCGUGGUGCAGCUGGAAGUCGGGGACAGUGUUUAUGUCAAGCUUUGGGCGAGAAGGAUAGUCUAUGAUGAUGGCAACCAUUAUAACACCUUCAGCGGGUUCCUUUUGUUCACCUUGUAAUGAGGCACAUUCAAAAGAGUAACUGACUCGGCUAAAAUUGUAUCUCUAGUAUCACUCGCAUGUUUGCCCUAGUAAAGUUAGGCCUUAAGUAGAGUAUCGUUAGAGCCUUGUUUUGAUGAUUAAAAUCGUGAAAU